AUGAUGGAGCUGACCGGCUCUUACACUUUGAAAGAAUCAUCAAUCGUCUCCCUGAUUAAUCAUCCUGGGGUAGGAUUGAGCGGUGUGACCGUGGACGACGAACAAGGCUAUGGGUCCGCGCGAGUCGAACAGACACCCAAAAGAAAACACCCCCGAGGAAACAUCAAAGCCCUCUCCGUCCCCCCAGGCACCUUCCGGCCCACCACUCCCCACACUCACGCUUGGGCUCGUUCCUCCACAUUGCAGAAGACCUCUGCCAGCAUGUCCACCGCAGCCCAGCCGCCGGAGAAGACGCCCAAGGACACCUUGCAGCAAUGGUACAAGUCGGCCAACGAUCUUCUCAUUGGCCCUGUCCGUCGGAAGCGGAUGCCGGCAGGUCGCCAUGCGGUCGUUGUCAGCCCUCCAGCCAAAGUCGAAGCUCAGGUGCAAGGCGAGGCUAGGAAGCAGUAA